AUGGCCAGAUCGAUAUUGCGAGGCCUAGGGAUCCACGAUCAACUACUACACCGUCUGACGAUAGAGGCGAGGUUGUCUCCGAUUCAGCUCCUAUUCUCCACCAUCACAUCUUGGCCGAGGCUGUUAGCACAAAGUGCGCGGGUUGCCCGGAGGCAAGCAGCGAAGUUUGCAGGUGCGACACAGUCUAGAGGUGAAUUACUUGCAGUCUACGACAGAAAAAUUACCGUCACCGAGAAAGCAUCAAUGGAUCAAGA